AUGAGUUCUCAAGGCGUAACUCGCAAAAGACCUGCUCCUGGCACAUCCCCUGCUGUUCAUCCGCAACUGGGCCCAAUCUCGAACUACCCCGCGGCGAAUCCUGGCGCUCAGCUAUCGAAUGAUCAGUUUUUGCAAUGGGGUCAGAACCCUCCCAAUGUCAUAACACCACCCUACACUGACGCCAACUCUUACAACGUCGCACCUUAUACGACAAAUCCAGAGGUUCCGGGAGUCACGGUCACCGCGUCUAACCAGCUUGCUCGCCGACAGCUAUCGAAUCAGCUAGUCAAUAGGGGUCGCGGAUAUGAACAAACGCCGUCUGCUUACUCCGAUCACAGCAGUGGUGCUGGAGAACCUGGGGGAUGGGGAGAAAGCCUGGAGGAACUCUAUCGGCGGGCAUUGGUCGCAAAGAGGGAGGCGCAGGCAAAGAGAAAACAGAUACCCCCGUUCGUACAAAAGUUGAGCAGUUUUCUCGACGAGUCGAAGAAUACCGAUCUUAUACGAUGGUCUGACGAUGGAAACUCCUUCAUUGUGUUAGACGAAGACGAGUUCGCCAAAACUUUGAUUCCCGAACUCUUCAAGCACAAUAACUAUGCUUCUUUUGUUCGCCAACUGAACAUGUAUGGGUUCCAUAAGAAGGUGGGUCUGUCCGACAAUUCGAUGCGAGCCAGCGAGCGGAAGAACAAGAGUCCUAGCGAAUAUGCGAAUCCCUACUUCAAACGCGGCCAUCCAGAUCUGCUGUGGUUGAUCCAAAAGCCCAAGAACACGGCAGGGCAAGGCAGCAAGUCAGGGAAGGCGAACGUGCGAGUGAAGACGGAGGAGGUGGACGAGAACGAGAAUGAGGACUAUGGUGAAGAUGGUGCGUCCCGGGAUGAUCGUAACCGCAGUCGCCAACUAUCUCUAGUCCCCGGAAGCAUGAUGCCCAAGGACCAACUUGCGGGCGUCUAUCGGGAAUUGCAAGCUAUUCGACAGCAGCAGCAAAUCAUUUCCAGCACCAUCAGCAAACUGAGGAGAGAGCACGAACAACUCUAUGCGCAGGCUGCUAAUUUCCAGGAACAGCAUAAUCGCCAUGAGAAUUCCAUCAAUGCAAUCCUCACUUUCUUGGCCACUGUGUAUAAUCGCAGCCUCCAGGGACAGGACGGAACGCAGAACCUUGCCAAUUCUUUUGCGGGUGUCAUCUCACAGGAUCAAGGUAACGUGGUCGACGUGGGCAAUGACUUUUCACUGAGCGCGCUAGGUGCGGCCAAUAUCAAUAGCCCAAAUGCGCAACGGUCGAUGAAGAAACCGCCGUUGUUGCUGAAGGCUCCUCCGACGACUGAGCGUCAUGGUCGUGCCACAACGCUCUCCCCUGCAACUAGCACAUAUGAUUGUUCACAGUCUCGAAACCAUAGCCGACAAUCCAGCACUGCUCAGCCUGGCCACGUCGAGGAGGUCUUCGAAACGAGCCCUAGGCAGAAGGAUGCCACAAAUUCACAGAACCAGCAAUAUCCCCAGCGCGACAUAAUGUCCGUCAUUCAAAAUUCGAAUGCGCAGAAUGGUAUUCCCACGACUUUUGCUGAAUUUCCCAACGUGCUCUCAUCCCUCGAGACUUCUGGCGGUAAUUCUCCACUCACCCCGAAUCAACGCGCAGAUAUGCUCCGACUCAUGGCCAACGAAACUCAUACGGAUCCAAAUAUUCCAGUGCCUGCAAACAAUGCUUUGAUGACACCGACGCCUCCACCCAUGCCGCAUAAUUAUAACGGCCGUCUUGCAAAUACUCGCGCCGAGAUAGACAACUUGAUGAAGAUGCAAGCCGAACAAGAUCGUUCUGUACAGAAUUUAACCAAUCUCUUACAACCGCUCAGUCCCACCGGGACCAUCCCGGGGCUUGGAGGAGGAGAAAAUGGAAGCGUACCCCCACCCCCGCUUGAUCUUGACCAAAUCUUCAAUAACGACUAUUUCACCGACAUUGGAGACCUUGAGCACAAUAAGCAUAACUUAGAUUUUGGUGAUACAACAAGCUCAGUCCCCGCGCACGCACCAGUCGAGCCACCCGUCAGUACGGGCGCGGAAGACAUCAAGGAUGGAAGCGACCUGUUCGAUUUCGACCAAAUUCCCCCCGAGGGCGAUCUUUUCGACACAUCGACCGGGCAACAGCAGAGCCCCGCUUUCUUCAAUGGAUAUGACGGUGCUGGCUAUCAUGCUGGCGCCGGGACAAACUCGCAGACUCCCUUGGGCCACAAGAAUCACAACACGGAUUCAGGCCGGAUCGUCGAAACUCUCACCGACAGUGAAUCAACUAGUCCCAGCGCUACCGUGGACGAGGUAUACAAUGGCCCGGGCAGGCUCAAUGAAUCUCAGGGAGGUAAGGGAAAUGGCAGCAAUGUGAAACGACGCAGGAAGGCUUGA